UUCUCUAACUAGAGGGGUUUCUUGUCACUGACAGAAUGCUGGCAGGGGCGCUGGGCCUGGCUUCCUAAUGGUGACAUGGCUACGGUUUGUGGGCAGUGUGUGCCUCGGCUGAGCCGCUUAUACAGACGCACCAUGGGCACAUCUGCAGCAUAGUGAAUGGUUAUCUCCUUGGGAUGUGACAGAGCAAGGCCUGUAUAUAACCCUUAUGUACAGAUAGGAAUAUCAAGCCUUGAUGAUUUGCUGAAGGUUCCAAUCAUGUUAUGCUGGGGUCACUCUGCUUUUGGCCAACUUGGUAAUGGCCAUAGUUUAAAAAAUGCUGUGUCGGAGCCUUGCGCAUGUACAUUCUCCUUAGCAACAUGUGUCAAAGAAGUUGCCUGUGGAGGGAAGCAUACAUUGUUUCUGAUGGAAGAUGGCCAGGUUUAUAGCUGUGGCUGGAAUGGAGAAGGGCAGCUUGGGCACAGCCAUGAAGGGACACAUCCAGCUCCAGUGGCCACUUUGGCAGAAGAACACAUAAAGCACAUUGCUUGUGGACAAUCACAUAGCCUUGCUCUCAGUUUACAGGGCAACCUGUACUCUUGGGGAGCAGGGAAUGAUGGGCAAUUGGGACAUGCCACUGUGGAGCAUUACAGUAGAAUACCAAGAAUAAUCAAGAAACUAAGCCAACAAAAGAUACAACAAAUGUCCUGUGGUGAUGAUCAUUGCUUGGCUCUUGGAGAUGAUGGCCAGUUAUUUACAUGGGGGCAGAACACACAUGGUCAGCUGGGACUGGGAAACGGGUUCAUCUCUCAGUCUUCCCCACAGAAAGUAAAGUCAUUGGAAGGGAUUCCCCUGGCUCAGGUCACAGCAGGUGGCUCUCAUAGCUUUGCCUUGUCCCUCUCAGGAGCAGUAUUUGGAUGGGGCAAGAACAGUGCCGGACAACUUGGCUUAAAUGAUGAACAAGUUAAAGAAACACCUUGCCAUGUAAAACCUCUGCGCACUCACAAAGUUGUUUACAUCAGCUGCGGAGAAGAGCAUACAGCCAUUUUAACAAAGGCUGGAGGCCUUUUUACAUUUGGGGCUGGGGGUUCGGGACAGCUUGGCCACGAUUCUCUUCAUAAUGAGAUAAAUCCUAGGCGUGUUCUUGAGCUGAUGGGCAGUGAAGUCUCUCAGAUUGCAUGUGGCAGAAAGCAUACCCUUGCCUUUGUGCCUUCUUCGGGAACUCUCUAUGCAUUUGGAUGUGGAGAUCUAGGGCAGCUGGGUACUGGACAUGAAAAUAAUGUAAAGUGCCCCACUGUAGUCAAAGGAAAGUGGGCUUCAUGUAGUGGACAGAUCCCUAUGCAUGCUGAUUGUGCUGCAUAUAAUAUAGUCAAGCAGAUCUUCUCUGGAGGCAACAAGGCAUUCGUGCUGUGUACAAAAUGGGAGAGCUCAGAGCGUGCAGAUGAUUUUCGUCUUUGCAGCCACAGAAAUCACACCAGUCUCAUUAAUGAUGAAACCAUUGAUGCCUGGAGGCAGAAAGUUUUGGAAAACGGCCAUACAAAUUUAAUGAAUGGGAUUGUACAAACCUUGUCGUCUUUAGCAUGCUGGAAUGGAAGCUUCUUAGAGAAGAGAAAUGAUGAGCAUUUUAAAACUAGUCCAAAGAUCCCCGGAAUCAACAUGUAUUCCAUAAAAGUGCUUUUUGAGAAGCUGAUGAACAUCCACCAUUCUCGAUUACUUGAACAGAUCCUUAAAGGCUUUGAAAGCUUUUUGAUACCUAAGCUGUCCAGCUGUCCACCUGAUGUAGAGGCAAUGAGGAUUUAUAUCAUCCUUCCCGAAUUCCCUUUGCUUCAGGAUUCCAAAUAUUAUAUCACACUAACACUCCCGUUAGCCAUGGCGAUUUUAAGGCUGGACACCAACCCAAGCAAGGUGUUAGAUAACUGGUGGGCGCAAGUUUGCCCAAACUAUUUCUUGAAACUUAUUGCUCUAUACAAAGGAGCGGUGGUGUAUCUCCUAAAUGGAAGGAAGACCUUACUGAUACCUGUUUUGUUUACCAGCUAUAUAACCUCUGCUCUUAAACUCCUGGAAAAGCUGCACAAGGUUAAUGGGAAAGCACAACACGUAGAACAUAACACAUUUUACAUUCCUGAAAUCUCCAGUUUGGUUGAUAUUCAAGAAGAUUACCUGAUGUGGUUCUUAAAUGAAGCAGGACUGAAACUCCGCCAGUCCAUUAUGCAGGAUUCAGUUACUCUCUGUUCAUAUCCCUUUGUGUUUGAUGCUCAAGCAAAGACCAAAAUGUUACAAACAGACGCAGAGUUACAGAUGCAGGUAGCUGUUAAUGGUGCUAACCUACAGAAUGUGUUCACGCUACUCACUCUGGAUGCAAUGUUGGUGAAGAACCCUUUUUUAGUGCUUCAUGUGCGCAGGACAAGCCUAGUUGCUGAUGCUUUAAGAGAACUAAGCAUUUAUUCUGAUAUUGACUUGAAAAAACCUUUGAAGGUCAUAUUUGAUGGUGAAGAAGCAGUGGAUGAUGGGGGGGUCACAAAAGAAUUCUUUCUUCUGCUUCUGAAAGAACUUUUGAAUCCCAUCUAUGGAAUGUUCACAGUCUACCAAGAUUCAAACCUGCUUUGGUUCUCCGACAUAUGUUUUGUAGAGCACAACUGGUUCCAUCUGAUUGGUAUCAUGUGUGGCUUGGCCAUCUAUAACUUCACAGUGGUUGAUCUGCACUUUCCAUUGGCACUGUACAAAAAGUUAUUAAAUGUGCAGCCAACUUUAGAAGACCUUAAGGAACUGUCUCCCACAGAAGGAAGGAGUCUUCAGGAGCUCUUGGAUUACCCUCAUGAUGAUGUAGACGAGAUGUUCUGCCUUAAUUUUACAAUUUGCAGAGAAAGUUAUGGGCUCACAGAACGCAAACCAGUAGUGCCCGGUGGAGAGCACAUGACUGUGACAAAAGAGAACAGGCAGCAGUUUGUCGACGCAUAUGUUAACUAUGUCUUCAACCAAUCUGUGCAAGAAUGGUAUGAGGCAUUUUCCACUGGCUUCCUGAAAGUGUGUGGGGGUAAAAUUUUAGAACUCUUUCAGCCAUCUGAACUGAGGUCCAUGGUUGUCGGGAGCAAUAAUUAUAACUGGCAGGAGUUGGAAGAGAAUGCAACCUACAAAGGUGACUACUCCACUUCACACGCCACCGUGAGAAUGUUCUGGGAGGUUUUCCAUGAUUUUCCUUUGGAGAAAAAGAAGAAGUUUCUUUUGUUUCUCACUGGCAGUGAUCGUAUUCCAAUCUAUGGAAUGUCAAGCCUUCAUAUCAUUAUCCAGUCUAUAUCGAGUGGGGAGGAUCACCUUCCUGUGGCUCACACAUGUUACAACCUUCUGGACCUACCAAAGUACAGCAGUAAAGAAACUCUCAGGAAAAGGCUUACCCAGGCUAUUGACCAUUAUGAGGGCUUCAGCUUAGCGUGAGCAAGAGCCUUGUUCCCCUGCAACUUGCACUUUAACAUCCUAUGUACAAAUAUACCCAGCAUUGUAUACAGAAACAAAUCUCUUUUUAUUUUUGUAAUGUAAAUUAUCAAAAAUGGGAAAAUCUACAAAACUUAAUUCUGGAAUUUGGACUUUUUAAUAUGUUUAAUUGACAUUUUAACUCUGAGCAAACUAUAACCUUGCCAAUUUCAGAGCCUUUCUUGGUUGUUUUAUGUUCUUAAUUACGACGUGCUGCACAGAUAAUUUUUAUCUUGUUAUACAAAUCUGUCUGUUGUGUAGCGCCAGCUAUACGUUCCUUUACACCUGACAGUUUAAGCCAAUUAAAAUAUGAAGUCUUCUAAAUCCAA